UUUUAUUAGGAUCCAGUUGAGAGCCACAUACCUAGGCGGGCCUCCUCUUCCUCCUCUGCCCGCCGAUUAGCCUGCGACGGCGCUGUGCUGCGUCGAGGCGACGGGUCAAACUCGCCGUCGAACCUCGCCCCCCGUGCCUGCGACCGCACCCUAGCCUUCGCCCCUUAUCCGGCCUACGGCGUUCCCCUUCCCUCUCGGCGCGAAGGGAGAGAGGGUUCACAGUCCUCGGCCGCUCGCUCCUCGCCUGUACCCAUCGCGCGUGGAGCCGGUGAGGGUCUCGUGGACGGGCACGACGUGGGAGGAGGACUUGGGAUCCGCCAAUAUCCAGUAACGGAGGAGGACGGGAGAAAUCCUCUUGCUCUCCCAGUUCGGUUGUUCCCCGCGAUUGCCGGCGACCGGCGCCUUCAGCUGUCCGCGAGUUGAGGAAUGCUCGAGAUGGCUGCCGUUAGUGACAAAGACCCUUUUGGAGACCUCCCUGACGAGCUCCUAUGGCGAGUGCUAUCCUUCCUGCCGGCGGACGAUGCCCUGCAGACCUGCGUGCUCGACACCCGGUGGCGUGACCUCUGGAGGCACGCGACCAGCCUGCUAUUCGUCUUCGAUGGGCCAACGUUCCCACGAUACAAGCGUUUCGAACAGUUGGUGAAGCUGGUCAUCCAUCUCCGCGGGAACUCGGCUCUCAUCAGGUGCGAGAUUGAUGCAUAUCCCCAUGAUGAGCCGGAGGAUACAUUCACAAACACCAGGCUGUUGAUUGACUACGCUCUGGCAUGCAAAGCUGAGGAGCUCGUGGUAAGAGCUGCGGUGUUCGAUGUGCCUCUCAGUCUCAUCUCUCGACAUCUCAGGACCAUACACCUUGAACGGGUGAACCUUUACUGCUCUGACCUGAAGUUCUCAGGCUGCCCAGUCUUAGAGGAUCUAACAAUUCAAUUCUGCAAUAUUCAUGCACGCAAGAUGUCAUCCAAAUCACUAAAGCGCCUAUUCAUCAUCGAUUGUUGUUCUUUACCUGACAUCGUGCGCCUUCGGAUUUGUGCCCCGAGUCUCAUCUCACUGCAGCUAGAGGAUUUUGAAGGCUUGACACCUUUUCUUGAAAACAUGCCAUUGUUAGAAACUGCCCAUGUUAAUCUUGACGAUGGAUGUCAUGAUCACUGUCGCAGUAAUCGGGGGGUUUGUGAUAAUUUUUUCUGUGGUUGUCAUACUUAUCCUGUCAAGGAGGGGGUGCUUCUCAAUAGUUUGUCCAAUGCUGCUAAGUUGGACUUGAUAGCUUUACCUAAAAUGUUUCUGUACAGAUGGGAUUUGAAAUGGUGCCCCGUCUUUGGCGAAUUAAAGACUCUGUUACUCAAUGAGUGGUUUACGGCUGUUGACCUUGUUUGCAUUCUCCGACACUCUCCAGUUCUUGAGAUACUCACUCUUCAGCUUGAUAACACCGAGAACAUUGUAGGAGCAACAGGAGCCCAAGAAACAAUAACACAAUCAUUUGUGUGUGAACACCUAAAGUUCGUUUACAUUGAAUGUGAAAAGGUUGAUGAGGGAGUUGGUUUAAUCUUGAAUAUCUUAAGUUCAUGCGGCAUACUUCAUGAGCAAAUUAGCAUCAAGGAGGAUCCACAUUCAGACUCAGAUUAUUCAUCCACUGAUAGCGACUCCACUGAUAGUGACUAAGAUGAGUGGUCGGUCAUGAUGUUCGCCUGAAGACUUCUGUUUCUCCGAAGAAUCUGCAAUGGUGGCCAUGUGUUGGCCGUUAGCCUUUGACCGUGACGUUCUUUUUUUGCUUCCCAUCUUUGGUCUCUGCUGGAAAUCUGUCCUUGUGGUUUGGUUGGUGCAACUUAACAAGACAUUUUGCACUUUGUCAGGAAUCUGCCAGGAAUCUAAAUGAUGGUUGGAACGUGGCUAUGUUUCUGUAAUCUGCUGGUAAUCAAAAUGGUGCUUACAUACAUAUUUUGUAGAUCAUCAAUAUGUUACUAGUAUUGUAAAUGCAUCUCUUAUGUCCCUGUGCGUCAUCAGUAUACACGGGAACUGUACAUGCUUCAGAAAUCAUGGGUGUCCAUGUGCGCUUAUAAUCCUGGGUGAGGUAGCGAAGUAAGUUUCCUCUUGAUAUGUUGAAGAUUGUGGGAACAUCACUAUCAUUUCAAUCUGAAGAAACGGUCGCGUUGCUGCUUGAGUGUCACCUCAGAAGAAGUUGAAGUUCAAAUUAUCAUUCCGUUUCAAUGUUUCAUCCUGGUCUUGAAGCCGGGAAUGUGGUUCUGUACCUCUUGUAUCUGCCUAGUCUGAAACUUGCUGUCUUUCUUCUGAUUCUGGUCAUCUUGUGCUGAGUAUGAUGGUUUGUAACUUGUAAGUCUCUGAUUUGAUAUCUACAGAUAUACGUACUCCA